AUGAAUAAAUUUACUUUGUUUUUCUUAGAUAAAAGAAUUGAAGCUCGUUAUUAGGCUUAGUCUCUUUAGCAAAUUAGGAUUAUGCAUUUUAAUUUACUAUCGAAAGGUUAUAUAGUCACUUUCUUUUUCAGAAGCCUUACCUAUUUAUUAAAUAGCGAUCCAAAUAAAUUUUAUCCAAAUCUAUCAAUGCUUAUAUUCUUUAUUUUAGUAGAGAUUUUUUUAAGAAGACACAAUUUAAGUUUGAGAAUCCUUUCAGUAAUUGCAAAUCACAUGUUGACCAUUUUUUUUUAUUUAUAUGAUGAAGAAACUGAUGUUGCUAUUUCAUAUUUAAAAGGAGUUAACUAGAUGGGAUCUAACUUUUUAAUAACAAUGGGUAGUGAGUUUCCAGAAGCAUUACUCUAAGUGAUAUCAAUUACAGCCAUAAGAAUAUUUUUCGUUUUGUAAUAAUCAAAAACACUUAGCUUAUAUCCAAUUUCAAGCCUGAUACUAGUUUCUAUAUUUUAUUUAUUUUUUCAUUAUAAAUACAAUGAAGCAAUGAGAGCCUAAUUUAUGCUCAUAUAAAAAGAUGGAUAAUGGGAGAGGAUAUUAAGGUAAUUAAUUGAUAAGCAAACUUACAUCUUAUUAAAUUUCAAUGAAAAUUCCUUUUAAUUUGAGUAUGUUAUGGCAAAAAAUUUUCAAAGAUGCCUAAAAAAUAAAGAAGAGAUUUUAAAUUUCUUUAGGGAAGCUUAAUAUAAUAGAAAAUCCUUAAAUGAUUAUUUGUAUUAUUAGAUGAAACGAUAUUAAACAACAAGAAUUGAUAUUUUUAAAAAAGAAAUAUUUGUCAAGAAACAACGAGAAUUAGUAAAAUUAGAAUUUUCAAUUUUUUUUGGAAAUAAACCAACUAUUUUAAUCAUUUUUCAUAAACCUAAAUUGUAGAUAUAAAAUGUUUAAGGGAAUAUAAAUAAUAAAGUCCUAUUUUAAUAUUUAGGAAGAUUAUUAAGUUGUUUUAAUAAAAAAUAUAAAACUAAACCAUCUUUUAUUAAUUUUAAGAAAAAAAUUCGUUUGAUAGAAAUUUAUUAGAGCUUACAAAGUAGUUGGGAAUAAUAAGUUUAAGAAAUAAACCUAUGGAAUAUAAUUUAAGAACAGGUAAAAUAUUUUCCUAACAUAAUCAUCAUGAUUAACUUAAAGUCGUCAAUUAUUAUGAAAGCUAACAAAGACAUUAUAAGCUUAAUUUUGUUUAAGAUAUUUUCGAAUACCAAUACUUCUCUAAUCAAAUUGACAUAUACUUUUCCAUAAGAAGAAGAGAAAAUCCAAUUACAUUUUGAUGGUAAUUUUAAUGGUAAAGUUAUUCUUUCAUUUUUUACUUUUCAUAAAGAACAUUUAAAUAGAUUUGUCAUGUUAACAAAAAUAACAAAUAACAGUAAAUAUUUUAGGUUAUGCUAGGCAUUGAUCUUUAUUUUGAAACAAAUCCAUUCAUACCAUUUACUGGUAAAGAAAAAUAUUAAACAACUCUUGAAAAAUCAAUUUGA